CACUGCUCUAAGCAGGGCUGGGGCCUUGCCUGGGCUGCCCGAGCCCUUGAAGGUCAAGAAGAAGCACCUGGACUUCUCAUGAUGGGAGGUCAGAGUCAAUCUGUGUUUUGGGGCGAUAUUGCCUUAGAUGAUGAAGACUUAAAUAUCUUUCAAAUUGAUAGAACAAUUGACCUUACACAGAACCCCUUUGGAAAACUUGGACAUACCACAGGUGGAUAUGGAGACCAUGGUAUGUCAAAGAAACGAGGGGCCCUCUACCAACUUAUAGACAGGAUAAGAAGAAUUGGCUCUGGCUUGGAGCAAAACAACACAGUUAAGGAAAAAGUACCUCUAAAAUUCUCAGGGCAAAAUGAGAAAAAUCGAGUUCCGAGAGCUGCUACAUCAAGAACAGACAGAAUAUGGCCCGGUGUUAUUCCUUACGUUAUAGGAGGCAACUUCACUGGCAGCCAGCGAGCCAUGUUCAAGCAGGCCAUGAGGCACUGGGAGAAGCACACAUGCGUGACUUUCAUUGAAAGGAGUGAUGAAGAGAGUUACAUUGUAUUCACAUACAGGCCCUGUGGAUGCUGCUCCUAUGUAGGUCGGCGGGGUAAUGGACCUCAGGCAAUCUCCAUUGGCAAGAACUGUGAUAAAUUUGGAAUUGUUGUUCAUGAACUGGGCCAUGUGAUAGGCUUUUGGCAUGAACACACGCGACCAGAUCGAGAUAACCACGUAACCAUCAUAAGAGAAAACAUCCAGCCAGGUCAAGAGUACAACUUUCUGAAGAUGGAGCCUGGAGAAGUGAACUCCCUGGGAGAAAGAUAUGAUUUUGACAGUAUCAUGCACUAUGCCAGGAACACCUUCUCAAGGGGGAUGUUUCUGGACACUAUUCUCCCUUCUCGUGAUGAUAAUGGCAUACGUCCCGCAAUCGGUCAGCGGACCCGUUUAAGCAAAGGAGAUAUUGCACAGGCAAGAAAGCUGUAUAGAUGUCCAGCAUGUGGAGAAACCCUACAAGAGUCCAACGGCAACCUUUCCUCUCCAGGAUUUCCCAACGGCUACCCUUCUUACACACACUGCAUCUGGAGAGUUUCUGUGACCCCAGGGGAGAAGAUCGUUUUAAAUUUUACCACGAUGGACUUAUACAAAAGUAGUUUGUGCUGGUAUGACUACAUUGAAGUAAGAGAUGGGUACUGGAGGAAAUCGGCUCUCCUUGGCAGAUUCUGUGGGGACAAAUUGCCUGAAGUUCUUACCUCUACAGACAGCAGAAUGUGGAUUGAGUUUCGGAGCAGCAGUAAUUGGGUAGGAAAAGGCUUUGCAGCUCUCUAUGAAGCAAUCUGUGGAGGUGAGAUCCGUAAAAAUGAAGGACAGAUUCAGUCUCCUAAUUAUCCCGAUGAUUACAGACCGAUGAAAGAAUGUGUGUGGAAAAUAAUGGUGUCAGAAGGCUACUAUGUCGGGCUGACCUUUCAGGCCUUUGAGAUUGAAAGACAUGACAACUGUGCCUAUGACUACCUAGAAGUUCGAGAUGGGACCAAAGAAAAUAGCCCUUUGAUAGGGCGUUUCUGUGGUUAUGAUAAACCUGAAGAUAUCAGGUCUACCUCCAACACCUUGUGGAUGAAGUUUGUUUCUGAUGGGACUGUGAACAAGGCAGGGUUUGCUGCCAAUUUUUUUAAAGAGGAAGACGAGUGUGCCAAGCCUGACCGUGGCGGCUGUGAGCAGCGGUGUCUGAACACCCUGGGCAGUUACCAGUGUGCGUGUGAGCCUGGCUACGAGCUGGGGCCUGACAGAAGGAGCUGUGAAGCGGCUUGUGGUGGACUUCUUACCAAACUUAAUGGCACCAUCACCACUCCAGGUUGGCCCAAAGAGUACCCUCCUAAUAAAAACUGUGUGUGGCAAGUGGUUGCGCCAACUCAGUACAGAAUUUCUGUGAAGUUUGAGUUUUUUGAAUUGGAGGGCAAUGAAGUUUGCAAAUACGAUUAUGUGGAGAUUUGGAGUGGCCUUUCCUCUGAGUCUAAAUUGCAUGGCAAAUUUUGUGGUGCUGAAGUUCCUGAAGUGAUCACAUCCCAGUUCAACAACAUGAGAAUUGAGUUCAAAUCUGACAACACUGUAUCCAAGAAGGGCUUCAAAGCGCAUUUCUUCUCAGACAAAGACGAAUGCUCAAAGGAUAAUGGUGGGUGUCAACAUGAAUGUGUCAACACGAUGGGAAGCUAUGUGUGUCAGUGCAGGAAUGGAUUUGUGCUGCAUGAAAAUAAACACGACUGCAAGGAAGCUGAAUGUGAACAGAAGAUCCACAGUCCAAGUGGCCUCAUCACCAGUCCCAACUGGCCAGACAAGUACCCAAGCAGGAAGGAGUGCACAUGGGAAAUCAGUGCCACCCCAGGCCAUCGCGUCAAAUUAGCCUUUAGUGAGUUUGAGAUAGAGCAGCAUCAAGAAUGUGCUUACGAUCACUUGGAAGUAUUUGAUGGAGAAACAGAAAAAUCACCAAUUCUUGGACGACUAUGUGGCAACAAGAUCCCAGAGCCCCUAGUGGCUACUGGAAAUAAAAUGUUUGUUCGGUUUGUUUCUGAUGCAUCUGUUCAAAGAAGAGGCUUUCAAGCUACACAUUCUACAGAGUGCGGUGGCCGCCUGAGAGCGGACUCCAAGCCCAGAGACCUUUACUCACAUGCGCAGUUUGGCGAUAACAACUACCCAGCGCAAGUCGACUGUGAAUGGCUAUUAGUGUCAGAACGGGGCUCGCGACUGGAGUUAUCUUUCCCGAUUUUCGAAGUGGAAGAAGAAGCUGACUGUGGCUAUGACUAUAUUGAGCUCUUUGGUGGCCUCGAUUCAACAGCGAUGGGGCUUGGUCGAUUUUGUGGAUCAGGGCCACCAGAAGAGAUCUAUUCAAAUGGGGAUGCAGUUUUGAUUCAUUUUCACACUGAUGACACAAUCAACAAGAAAGGAUUUCAUAUAAGAUACAAAAGCAUUAGGUAUCAAGAUACCACGCAUAUCAAAUAACUAAUACCAAAACCUCCUUCAGAAAAUAAAGGAAUGUGCAUAACGGAGAGAAGACGUCGUUUGUUUUUUUAAAUGAAGAUAUUAGCACAAUGUUUUAUAUAAUAAAACUGAACAGAAGAAAGCUGUAUGACCAGAAUUAU